CACAGUUGCUAUACGCGCUAUUCAGUCCUUUCGAACAAAUUAACAUGGAGGACAUCGAAUACAACGAUCAGAGAAGCCCUAGUCGCUCACCUGCACGAUCUCCUCAGAAUGGAGCCGACGAAAAAAUGGACGAUCGACGAUCUCGCUCUCCUUCCCGCUCGCGCUCUCCUUCACGAGAGGCAAGAAGACCUCGCUCUGUUUCGCGAAGCCCUUCUCCUCGACGAAAGGCCAGCCGUUCCCGUUCCCGCAGUCGCUCUCCCGUUCGCUCUAGAAGACACCGAAGUCCUCGUCGCUCCAGAUCUCCCCGUCGCCGCAGCCGCUCACCUCGCCGCAGCUCCAGAUCUGCUCGUCGUGAUAGCAGAUCCCCUCCUCGUCGCCGUAAUCAUGGUAGCCGCUCUCGCUCGCGCGAUCGUCAUAGCAGCAGAAGAAGUCCCUUCAAAGGCGAUAGAGGUAAUGUCCAACCUUCCAAUGUUAUUGGUGUUUUCGGAUUGAGUCUUCGCACCCGCGAAAGUGAUCUCGAAGAUAUCUAUGGCAAGCACGGUACAUUGGACAAAGUGACAAUUGUCCAGGAUCAUAGGACUGGUCGAUCGCGCGGUUUUGGUUUCGUAACAUACACUGAUCCUGACUCCGCUACUAAAGCCAUUGAAGCUACCAAUGGCAUGGUAUGUUAACAGUUUCAAAUCGGACGCGUUCUAUGCAUGAAUUAACCUAUUAUGCCGUAU